UGGCUGGGCCAGAUUGGCGGCUGUGCGCUGCUAGUGUCGACAGCCAAAAGCCCCCGCAACCGUGUUGUUGGCUGCGAUGCGAUCAUAUGUACGUACACUUCUCCGGAUGAAUGCACGCCUGUGAGGCCUAACUACUCGCCGCUUUGAGCUGAAUCAGUCCUCCUCCAGCGGUUGGUUAGAUCGGUAACGAUUUUCGAUAUCGGUUGUUGAGUUCAAACGAUCCGCGCGUGACGAUUGCAACAAAAAAAAGCGCGCGCACUCAAGUUUACCUUUGUGAUCCGGACACGUGCGAAAGUGAUUGUUCAUGGAUUAGAGGAUGCACUGAGGAGUGUUUUGGUUUUAAGUGCUUCAAUACUGGCGUCUGUCGUCUAGACUAAUUGGGGGAAAGUGUUGGCAAUUGAGGCAAUAGAAGACCGCAAACACGCCGCGGCAUGGAGAACGAAGCCUACGUUAGUGAUGACGGCAAGCGGUGCAGAGUUGAGGGAAUAACCGUGACAUGUGUAGUUAUCGAUCGUGAGAACGGAACCAUUGCCAACGGCGGAUCCAACCAUCUCAGUAAUGCUGCUCCCACACCACCCCAAGUCACCGUGCGAGAAAAAUGGGGCAAAAACGUCGAGUUCCUGCUGUCCUGCGUAGCCCUGUCGGUCGGGUUCGGCAACGUCUGGCGAUUCCCGUACACGGCCUUCAACAACGGUGGUGGCGCAUUUGUGAUACCCUACCUGAUAGUGCUGCUAAUUAUAGGCCGACCCGUGUACUACCUAGAGAUGGUGAUGGGUCAAUUUUCGAACCGAGGUUGCGUAAAAGUUUACGAUCUGGCCCCGGCAAUGCGGGGCAUCGGUGUCGGUCAAACCGUUGCGAUCUUCAGCGUGAUCACGUACUACGCAGCGGUGCUGGCGAUCACUUUCCGCUACCUGGUGGCAUCGUUCAGCACGCAAUUACCGUGGAGCAAGUGCGAACCUCAGUGGGAAGACUGCGUUGAUUCCAGCUAUAUUGGAAUGAUCAACGCGGGAAACAGGACUAAUGUUCAAACCUCUGCCGAGUUGUUUUUCAGAAAUUCAGUAUUACACAAAGCGGAUUCCCUAGAUGAUGGAAUCGGACUUCCGGAUUGGGAGCUGGUCAUAUGCCUGAUCGUGUCCUGGGCUUGUAUUAUUGCAAUUCUUAUACGAGGAAUCAAAAGUUCAGGGAAGUUUUCCUACUUCCUCGCCAUAUUCCCCUACGUCAUCAUAUUCAUUCUACUGAUCAGGUCGGUGACCUUACCGGGAGCUUGGAACGGUAUCAAGUACUUUUUCACGCCCGACUGGAAUAAGCUGCUGACCAUCGAGGUUUGGUACGAAGCUGUUACGCAGUGCUUCUUUUCUUUAACUAUCUGCUUCGGAGGGCUGAUUGUCUACUCGUCUUUCAAUAACUUCCAUAACGAUAUUUACCGUCACGCCGUAAUCAUCACCUGGCUGGACACCUUUACCUCGCUGAUUUCCGGUUGCAUCGUAUUUGCCAUCAUCGGGCACCUGGCACACGUAACCGAACAGCCAGACAUACGGAAGGUGGUCAAAAGUGGUCCCGGAUUGACGUUUGAGACGUACCCGGAUGCGAUCGCCAAGUUUGACUUCCUGCCCCAGCUGUUUUCGAUUCUGUUCUUCUUCAUGUUGUUCCUGCUGGGAAUUGGAACACUGAUCGGAAUCGUCACGUCCGUGAUCACCGCCAUUCACGACCAGAACCCACACUGGAAACGGUGGAAGGUGGUUCUGGUGGUGUCGUUUGUCGGUUUCUGCAUUGGAUUAGUGUACCUUACCCCUGGUGGACUGUUCAUUCUGGAUUUGGUGGAUUACUAUGGCGCCACUUUCGUGACGCUUACGUUGGCCGUUUUCGAACUGUUGACAUUCGGAUGGAUCUACGGAGUUGACCGAGUUUGCAAGGAUAUUGAGUUCAUGUUGGAGAAGAGAACCGGCUUGUUCUGGCGAAUUUGUUGGGGUGUUGUCACACCAAUUGUAGUGCUGGUCAUUCUGCUGUUCAGUAUUGUGAAUUACGUACCGAAGGAUUUGCCUUCGGGUUAUAACGCAUUCGGAUGGUGUCUCUACACGGUAGCCGUCCUGCAAUUACCCGUCUGGGGAAUCUAUGCAUGGUACAAAGAGUCUGCUACCAACUCCAUCCAGAAGGUAAGGAAUAUUUUAAAUCCAAUGAGUGGCUGGGGUCCCGAGGAUGCCGCCAUCCGAUCCAAGUACAACACGUUCAUGAGUGAACACGAAGCUGCCUCCUCGGUAGAGAAUUUCACUGUAGCCAAAUACAUUCGGAGGAAACUGUUAGAGUAGCGAAUUUGUCGUUAAAAUUUGUUGUGUUUAUUUUUAAAUUUAUGUCGAUAUUUGCUUAAAAAAUGUGAUAAGAAAAAUAAAACGAAAAACUGCAUCAGUUGCUUC